AUGGGUCCCGCCGCCAAGGAUGACGUGGAGCACACCAUGGUGCUCGAGCACGUCAACCCCACCACCCGUCUCCUGGAGAAGCGUCGGCUGAUGCGCGAGACGGAGGAGACGCUCGACGCGCGCAAGGCUGAGUACAAGCUGAAGGAGCAGGGAUUCAAGCGCAGGGAGGAGGCGCUCAAGCGAAAGGACCUCGAGCUGCAGGAGUCCCUCGUCCGGUUCAGCAAGUUCCUGCAGGAGAACGACGCCAAACGGACCGCGGCGGAGAGAAAGGCGGCGGAGGAGAUCAAGCUGAGGCUCCAGAAGGAGAUGGAGAUACGCGAGCUGACCAGGAUGCAGGAGAACCUUCGGAACGACCUCGACGACGCCAAGGACGAGGUGGGAAGGAACCUGAGGUACGAGCGGUACCUAACGACGGUGCUGGAGGCGCCCGACGGCUCGUACGGGGAGAUCCAGGACCUUCUGAACAGGCACAAGACCCUGAGGGUGACCAACGAGGACCUGAGGGCGAGAGACGCGGCGCUCAACGCCGACGCCGACGCAACCCGCGCGCGGCUCCACGCGUACACGAAGAGGAUGACGGACGAGAGGCUCAACCUGAACAACGACAUAGCCAAGUUGAAGAAGAGGCUGGAGGCGGCGACGCUGGAGGUGGAGCGCGCGCGGAAGGCGAGCGCGGCGGACCAGCAGAGCUCGCGGAACCGGACCCUGGAGCACGGCCGAGCAGUCGCCGCGGCGGAGAAUCUGUUCCAGCGGUGUCGGCAGCGGAGCAACGCGACUACGUGGGUGACAUGGGGCAGGUGGUGA